CCCAUAGGGGCGUUGUCACAACAAUUUCAUCCCCCUACAAAGUUUAUCCCCCCAUUCACUUCCGGGGUUACGUUUCCGGUUACGUCAAUCUCUGCAACAACGUCAAUGAUAUUUAUUUAUUCCUGUAUGUGUCAGCUAGCUAGCGAUGCUUUUGUGAAUAUAUCAUAUCUUGAUUUGUAUAUAUACAUUGAACCAUGAUAUAGCCUACAUAUAGCUAGCGAGACAGCUAGAUAGAAAAUCCCUAGCUAGCUAGGAAGAUAAAAAUAUGGUUUAUCUUCCUAGUUAGCGCGCGAUCGAUCUAGCUGUCUCGCUAGCUAAUAAUGUUAUCUAACUUUAUUUGUCUUGCUAGCUAGCGACCUGUAGUUAUGUCUGUCUAGCUAGCUAACAUUAUCUAGAUUUCUUGCUUGCUAACUAGCUAUUAGCUAUCUAUUUCUCUAGAUUUCUUGCUGGAUAUUUAGCUAUCUGCUUUGCUAACUCUCUAGCUAGCGAUCUAUCAGUCUACCUAGCUCUGACGCGAGCUUAGACUGUAGGAAAAAUAGCAAGCUAAGCUAUUGUGGCGACCCUGGGGUAGCUAGCUAGGCAAUUAGCUACGAUUGGCAGCUAGCUACAAUUGCCAUUGCUGGCACCAUGUAAAUACUUGCUUGUAUAUAGCUGUGUGUAGCUAGGUGUAGUUAGCGUACUUUUGUGUGUUAAAAGUGUAGAUAUUCGUGUUACGUGUGCUUGUACAGUUUUGUUGUGUAUCGCGUCUCUUGUAGUAGUUAUUGAGUUUCCCCCCUGUUCCCUGCCGACUUGUGUAUGUGUGGCAGCUUGGAGCUGGGUAGAGGCAGGAGUGUCGGCGAUUGGCUGAACAGUUAGAGAUAGGCAGCCAAUCAGCGGCUGCUCCGGCAAGUAAAGUUAUUUGCAUAGCCCAGACAAUAUAAGGGGAGACUCCGAGCAGGGCGGGUCAGUGUGUGUUAUGCUUAUGAGCUGUAACUUUCUGAGAAGCAAACCCAUAAUCCUUGUUAGGACUGCUGGUGUAGGACGUGUGCUCGGGUUUCUCUUCAUCGCGCACAAAUCUUUAACCUCACACUUAACAGGUGUGAGACGGGGGGUUUGUGGGUGUGUGGAGUGUAAUUGGAGCAGGUGUCUCUCCUUUCUUUUCUCCUUUUCUCUCUCUGUCUCUCUCUCCUCUGAAGGUCUGGCGGACCUUUGGGCUACGCUAGCCUUGCUGGGCCUUCGCCCUUGCUCCUUUCUCCCCUCUCUUGCUCUCCAGGCCGAGGAGCAGGUAGAUAGAGGGACCAGCGGACCUCCUCAGACUCAACAGGGGAACAACGUCCAGCGCCCCUGCUGGAAAGGAGGUCCCCAGGCAUAGAGGGUGCCGUGUCUGGGCCCUAAAGCCUACCUAUCUCUGGUUCCUCUGGGACAGACUAUCAAUUCCUGAGCGCGGUCCUCUUUUCUCUUCUUCAACUGCUACAGCCCGGGUCCUAGCCUGGGGGAGAGGGAGGAUGACCACUGCAGUGUCAGGGAUGCGCCGCCACAACGCCGUCCGGCUGUGCUACAAGGCGAACAGAGAAGAUGGGAGCAGCAGCAUCAGUCAGAGCCCCCCUGGUGGUACAAGGGGCGAAUGGCGCAGCCGAGAGGGGCGCCGUGGAGGCAGCAACCACCGGGGGGAGAGUCAACGCUGCUGCCUCAAACGCUACAGCACAGGCUGGAAGAGUGACAGGGACCAGCCGGCUCCUGUUCCAGACCCAGUUGCAGCAGGGAGUACUCAGCUGCACCCCUCUCGAGCACCUCCUGAGGCUGAAGGGAACCUGGGGACAAUUCCACACUGUCCCACCUCUCCAGGGCGGAGCCUGCCAGGCAAUCAGGAAGGGGGACCUAUGUGCGGACAAGGAUCGGGGGCCUGGGGGUGCAUGCUUAUUCCAUCCAGGCAGUGCACUUCUCAGACCACCACAUGGUGACCGUGUCCCUGGUGUGGGAGAAGCCAAUAACAGCUGGCAGGGGUCUCUGGAAAAUGAACACCAGUCAUCUCCAGGACCCUCAGCUCCUUCUCGAGGCGAUACCUGGAGUGGGUAUCUAUGACAAUACGCCCAAUGCUGUGACGGCUGAUCCUGAACAGGCAGAAAUUAAAACUCUGCAAACCUGUUGUGAGGACAUCUAAGAAGUGGACCAGUGAAGCUAUGGAGGAUCUUCGCGCGUGCUUGGACUGUACUGACUGGGAUGUUUUCAGGACUGCUACCAACAGUCUGGAUGAGUACACAGAGGCUGUGACGUCAUACAUUAGCUUCUGUGAGGACAGCUGUGUACCAUCACGCACCAGGGUUAGUUACAACAACGACAAACCCUGGUUUACAGCUAAACUCAGACAGCUAAUGUUGGCGAAGGAGGAAGCAUUAAACGAUUCUACUCUGAGAAACUUCAACAGCAGUUCUCAGAAAACAACUCAGCCUCUGUCUGGAAAGGCCUCAGACAGAUCACCAACUACAAACCAAAAGCCCCCCACUCCACUAAUGACUUGCGCCUGGCCAACGACCUGAAUGAGUUCUACUGACGAUUUGAAAGACAAUGGGACAGUCCUGACACCAUCCCCUGUGACUCCAUUCACCAGCUCCAGACCACCAGCUCCUCCCCCAUCUUAGCAGGGGCCCGGGCCUCUCCACAGUUGCCCACCUCAGAGGCCCCCUCCCUCUCCCCUAUCACAAUGAUGACUCUCUCCCUCCUGGAGAAGGAUGUUAAUAGGCUAUUCAAGAGACAGAACCCCCGCAAAGCCGCUGGACCAGACUUUGUCUCUCCCUCCACCCUGAAGCACUGUGCCAAUCAGCUGUCUCCGGUGUUCACAGACAUUUUUAACACCUCACUGGAGACAUGGCACGUACCAGCCUGCUUCAAGACUUCUACCAUCAUCCCCGUCCCCAAAAAAACAAGGACCACAGGACUCAAUGACUACAGACUCGUCGCCCUGAUCUCUGUGGUAAUGAAGUCUUUUGAGCGCCUUGUACUGUCCCACCUUAAAACCAUCACGGACCCACUCCUGGACCCCCUGCAGUUCGCAUACAGAGCCAACAGGUCUGUGGACGAUGCUGUAAACAUGGCCCUCCACUUCAUCCUCCAGCACCUGGACACUGCAGGAACCUAUGUCAGGAUCCUGUUUGUGGAUUUCAGCUCUGCCUUUAAUACCAUCAUCACCUCUGCUACAGGACAGGCUCUCCCAGCUGCACGUGCCUGACUCCACCUGCAGGUGGAUCACCGACUUCCUGUCUGACAGGAAGCAGCACGUGAAGCUGGGGAAACACGUCUCCAACUCCCGGACCAUCAGCACCGGUUCCCCUCAAGGCUGCGUCCUUUCCCCUCUACUCUUCUCCCUGUAUACCACCUCUAGUCAUCUGUCAGUCAAGCUCCUGAAGUUUGCAGACGAUACCACUCUCAUUGGGCUCAUCUCUGGUGGGGAUGAGUCCGCCUACAAGUGGGAGAUUGAACAUCUGGUGUCCUGGUGCAGCCAAAACAACCUGGAGCUAAACGCUCUAAAGACAGUGGAGAUGGUUGUGGAUUUCAGAAGGAACUCAGCCCCACCGGCCCCCAUCACCCUGUGUGACUCCCCAGUCAACAAUGUGGAGUCCUUCCGCUUCCUGGGCACCAUAAUCACCCAGGACCUCAAGUGGGAGCUGAACAUCAGCUCCCUCACCAAGAAGGCACAGCAGAGGAUGUACUUCCUGCGGCAGCUGAAGA